GUCGAACUUGUGGAUCAAAGCCAUUGAAAGGUGGUUCUCAGUAGAAGGGGCUACACAGGGCGUGCCUUUCGAGGUCUGAGAAAGUGAUGCAGCCGUCCCUGAACUUGAAGCCUGUCCUCCGAAAGCCGAUUUUCCGUCGCGCUUGUAGCUGUAUAAAGUCACAGUGUAUUUGGGGAUGAGAGCAUCGAGCUGUGAGAGUCGUCGUCCAAGAAGCUCUCCGCGACAGCUUUGCAAUUUCGAAAAAGACUGUGCCUUUUGACAGCUUGUUGUCGCUCUGCUUCGUUACAGAGAGGAGUGAAACGAGGAAGCAACUCCGAAACCAUACAUCAAACGUGGGGUGGGGCUGCUGCGCGCGUGAACUGCUUUGCGACGCGUCGUUCUAGUGAGAAGUCGAUACCUCACAAGGCUCAAACAACGACUUGAGACCUAGUUCACAACAAUGUCGUCUGACUGUGAUAUGCCAGAGGCUGCGGCUCCUUCGAACUCCAUCCUAGAAAAGACUCUUCGCCAAAUUGUGCGCAGGGCCGAAGUCGACCCCAUCACUGUCAAACGUGUGCGCAACGCCGCCGAAGAGCGACUUGGACUAGAAGCCGGGUUUUUCAAGGAUCAUGAUGUGUGGAACGAAAAGAGCAAGGAGAUCAUAGAGGAGACAUUUAACGAACCCUCCCAAAAGUCUCCGUCGCCCGAACCUACUCCACAGAAGAAGGCACCCGCCCCAAAGUCCAAACCUACGAAAAGGACCUCCACACGCAAGCCAAAACCAGCCCUUAAACGUCAAAAGCGUUCCACAUCCGAGUCGGGGUCAGAACAUUCCGACUUCGAGUCCGAGGAGGAGAAGCCCAAAUCUAAGCCGGUGUCGAAAAAGCCCUCGGCCACCACAAAGCGUGUAUCUAAGGGCACUGUCGAAUCAGAGGAUGAGGAAGUUGAUGAUACUUCUGAUCACCCAAACGGCGACUCCUCCAUAACGGGGACCCAUGAAGAGAAGCCCGAGGUUGCAGAUGACUCGGAAAGCGAGAUGUCUGUGGUCUUGGACGAACCACCACUCAAAAAGGCACGCCCAAAGAGCACCAGUACUGCCACAAAGACAAAAUCACAGACAAAAGCCAAGGCUUCCAAGGCUGCUGCGAAGCCCGCAAAGGAGGAAACACCAGACGAGGCCGAAAUCAAGCGUCUUCAGGGGUGGCUAGUAAAGUGCGGGGUGCGAAAGAUGUGGUUCAAGGAGCUGGCCCCAUACGACACACCAAAAGCCAAGAUCAAGCAUCUCAAAGAGAUGCUCGAGGAUGCUGGCAUGGAAGGGCGUUACUCUGAACCAAAGGCCAAGGCCAUCAAGGAACGCAGAGAACUGGAAGCAGACCUCGAAGCUGUGCAGGAAGGUGCUAAGCAAUGGGGUAACGAAGGAGAUAGUGGUGAGGAUGACGAGUCUGAAGCGGCGCCUCGACCUCAACGCAGAGCAGCGGCAACUCGCUUCGUGGACUUUGGCGAAGACGAUGAUGAUGACGAGUAAUGAGAAAUGAGUAUCCUUAUCGACUCAUUGGGCGGUCGAUCGUUGAGCAAUUAUGCUGAAAGCAGCGACGGAAGAGAUGAAAAGAACCAGGUUGUAGAACUAGGUCGAUUAUCGUCAGCAUAUACCUUAACGAACAACUCAUCAAUAUGCUUCAAUCCUCCAUCCA